AUGAAAAGCAAGAGUGAGCCUACUUUGUAUGUGAAGAAACAAGGUAUGGAUGAUAUUCUCAUUGUUGCUCUUUAUGUUGAUGAUUUGGUUUUUACUGGAAACAAUAUGAAAACGAUUGAAGAUUUCAUAAAUGAAAUGGUGAAAAAAUAUGAAAUGAGUGAUAUGGAACUGUUACAUCACUUUCUUGGUAUUGAAAUUUAUCAAGGUGAUGAUGGUGGAUUCAUUUGUCAAAGUAAGUAUGUUGAAAAAGUUCUCAAAAAAUUCAAAAUGUUUGGAUGCAAACCUAUAUCUACUCUACUAGUUGUUAAUGAAAAAUUAAUGAAGGAAGAUGGUGGUAAGAAGGUGGAUGAAACCUUGUAUAGAAGCUUGGUUGGAAACUUGUUUUAUCUCACUGCUAUAAGGCCUAACAUUAUGUUUGCUGCAACUUUACUGUCCAGAUUUACGAACAACCCUAAUUACAUUCAUUUGGGACUUGCAAAAAGAGUGUUAAGGUAUGUACAAGGCACCAUGGAUUAUGGAAUUAAAUAUGACAAAGGAAAUGAAGUGAUAUUGGUUGGUUUUUGUGAUAGACUGGCAGUGAUUGGGGAGGAUGUGCUGAUGACAUGA